GCUACUUCUGAAUUUCGAACGCAAAUCUAACUCGAACCACCAACAGUCGCUCGACGUCCAUGGCAACUCCACAUAACUUAACACCCCAUCUCACCACAGGCACCGUAAUUUUUUCGCGAAUUUGAACGGAGCUUUCAAAUGUCUCAAUCUCGCCUACGGCAAGCCCGAACACGCUGCUCCGCGCUUCACCAGCGAUGACGAGUUUUGUUGUUCGGUCUGUCUGUCUUUCACUUUCACUCACCCUGUCUCCGCACACCACAAUCCCACUUUCACCUCCUCUUUCCCGGCAACCCCAGUCGCAGCGCCAAAACCCAACCGCUCCGUGAUCCCCCAUAAACUUUCCUCCACCGCCCAACCCUUCUCCACACAACCUCAACCUCGACCAACCUCGCGCUUUCAACAACCACACCAAUCCACCGCCGCACCAACUACUCCACACCCACCUAUAUCACCAGACCUACCACUAGAUGCCCCCUCAAAAGAUGAUGACCUCUCGCAAACCCGGCCGCAAGAAAACCAACAACAAUAGCAGAGCCACCCCAGGCCGCAGUUCUACGCCCGGAGGACGCAGCGCAGGCACACGCGGACGCAGUCGCGGUAAAUCAAAUUCCGCGGCGCCAUCCACCGUCGCGCCUCAAGAACCACCGUUUGCCCGGCCAGAAAUGACUCCAGCUCAGGAAGAGGUCGCUCCGCCGGCGAAGACGACUCUGAAGUUCAAGUUUCCGGGCUUGGGGGACUUUCUAAGGCAGUUGGAGGCGCAGGAGAAGGAAAAGGCGGGCACUCACACUGCAUCCCAGCAUGAAGGUGAUGUAACGAAGGGUAGGAAUGCGGAUGAGGAUAUGGAUGUUGAGAUGGACGGGUAUACGACGCCAGUUGUUGAAGCGUCACUGAUCGUGAAGUUGAAGGUUCCGAGACAUGAGUUGGAGAAGCUCGAACACAAUGCUUGUGCUACACUGUCGCAGCAACCCGACGGCUCAACUGACACAGCGGCACAACGCAGCAUGCGCGAUCGAUCCGGAAAGCAGCAGAAACUUCGCGAAGCGGUCAAGAAUCUGAAUCUCGGCUCCGACGGCUCUGGAUCCUCGCCUGAGGUCGACACACCACCGAAACCACUACCCGCGGAUCUACCCGUCCAGUUCGGCUACCCUGUAGACUCUCCCAGGGCCGACACUACUGGCCCUAUCCCGCCUUCGGACUAUGAUGGCGUGGGCGAUGGGAAAGAAUCGAGCAGCACAUCUCCUACGGGUGGAGAGCGCACUUUGCAAUACCGCCUCGGCCUUCCCUCCACUGCCGCUUCUCUUGCUCCCAAAUCGAAGUACCCAGUGACCCUUCCUUCGUCGCUGUCCCAUCUCGACCCAAACAUCGCCUCCAUCCACAGUGGGCUCGUCUCCUACCCCGUAACACUAUCCAGACUCCCCACUCUCUUCGAAUCAGCCAUCUCAAACACAACCACCAUCCUCUACCCCAACCAAUCCGCGCCGCGCCUUUCCGUAGACCCCGAAACAGAAAUCCCCUGGACCUCAAAGCAUCUCUUCCACUUAUACAUCCUCUCCCACCACCACGCCUACUCACACCUCAAACCCAAGCGCGCCCGCGGCUCCAAAUCCAACAUACCCCCCAUCUCCGAGAAAUCCAUACACAUCUGCGACCUCAUCGCCGACACCUGGAUCCGCGCCUUCCAGCGCCUCGACGACAACCGCCGCGCGUACAACCGCCCGGGUAUCUGGAGAGCGAACAAAAGUUCGUGGUUCGCGGAGCAGAAGCGCAAAUUCUCGGAUUGUACGUACCUGAGCGACGAUGCGGAUUUGGCGCCCGAUGUCACGGUGUUCCAACCGUACUUGCUUCGCGAGCUGUACGCUCACACGGCUCCGAACUGCGGCGCAAGGCUGGUCUGGGCGGAUGCGCUGGCACUGAGGGGGAGUUGGUUGAUGCGGGAGAUGAAGCAACGGGGAAUUGGUAGAGAUGAGUGGCCGCAGGAGUUGGUUUGGGAUGUUCUUCAGACGAGUCUGAGGUUGGCGAGGGAGAGACUGACGUUGAAGUGUGAGGAGCGAGAUCCAAAGGAGUGGUGCGCUAGGUAUCACGAGCAUGGGAAGAGGGAGAAUCAAGUAGCUUGUUUUCGGGAUGUCGCGAAAGCGGAGGAGGAGGCGCGGAAGGCAGCUAUGAAGGAGGACGAAGAGAGCGAGGAGGAUGGCAGUGUGCAAAUGAUGGAUGUGGACAAUGAGGAAGCGAGGAGGAAGCGGCGAAAGAGCGUGGCAUUUGCGCAGGACAUCUCUGGUGGACAUUGAAUGGUUAGCCUUUCGUGGCAGUGCCAGUGCGCACAUCGGAGGUGGUUUUCUUGAGAGUUUGGAUAUCGGUUGACAUGACUGUGGAAGUCGGCCUGGAGAUGGGGCAAUGGUGGAGAAAAUCCAGCGAAAAAGGAAGCAAAU